AGUGUGUUACAUUCAGAAACAAAUUUUGAUUUUGUUUUUUAUUUGUCCUCUGCAGACGCCAAAAUACAAAGCCUAAGCGGAGGACAGAAGUGGCAUUGGUCAGCCGCCGUGGCCGCUCAAUAUCAUUAUUAUUGCGGUUGUCCAUUGCUAUUUUCAUGGCUUAUCUCUCUAUCUUCCUCUUCAACUUUUUCGUGGCUUUUCUCUUAUCAACUUCUCUUUCUGCUGCACAUAUUGGAAAUGAAGAUUUUGGUGAUAAAAGGAAUCAUUUGUACCAAGAAAUCUUGAGAGAUGAAGCUGUUGCAAGGCUCAAUGAGCUUGCGAAGGUGAGUGAUGCUGAUGGCUAUCUUGAGAGAACGUUCAUGAGUGCAGCCGCUAUUAAGGCAUCCAAUCUUAUUCGCAGUUGGAUGGAAGAUGCUGGUUUGACAACGUGGGUAGACCAUAUGGGUAAUGUACAUGGUCGAAUUGCAGGACGGAAUGCAAGUGCGGAGGUUCUAUUGAUCGGUUCUCAUAUGGAUACUGUUGUUGAUGCUGGGAAGUUUGAUGGGUCAUUAGGCAUAAUUGCGGCGGUAUCUGCUUUAAAGGCCUUGAAAAGCAAUGGAAUGCUUGGCAAACUAAAACGGCCAGUUGAGGUCAUUGCAUUUAGUGAUGAAGAGGGAGUGAGGUUUCAAUCGACUUUCUUAGGCAGUGCUGCUAUAGCUGGUAUUCUACCAGUUUCAGCAUUACAAGUAUCCGAUAAGAGUGGUGUAACAGUGCAAGAAAGUCUACAGGCAAAUUCCAUAGGAAUUACCGAGGAAAAUCUGUUGCAACUGAAGUAUGAUCCACAGUCCGUUUGGGGUUACAUUGAGGUUCAUAUUGAGCAAGGACCCGUGCUGGAAUGGGUUGGUUAUCCCCUUGGUGUGGUUAAAGGCAUAGCAGGACAGACACGGCUAAAGGUGACAGUCAAAGGCUCACAAGGGCAUGCUGGCACAGUUCCGAUGUCUUUACGGCAAGACCCAAUGGCUGCUGCUGCUGAAUUAAUUGUAUUAUUAGAAAGUCUAUGUAAACAUCCUAAAGAUUAUCUAUCUUACGAUAGUCACUGCAAUGAUUCUGCAAUGGAAUCACUUUCGAGUUCCCUUGUCUGCACCGUUGGUGAGAUAUCUACCUGGCCAAGUGCUAGUAAUGUCAUUCCAGGCCAGGUAACUUUCACUGUGGAUAUUCGCGCAAUGGAUGAUAUGGGACGUGAAGCUGUCCUUUACGAAUUAUCUAACCGCGUCUACGGAAUAUGUGAUAGGCGUUCUGUUUCUUGCAACAUUGAACAUAAGCACAAUGCCAAUGCGGUCAAUUGUAAUACAGAAUUAGGUUCACAGCUGAAGUUAGCAGCAAAUGCUGCUCUUAAGAUAAUGACUGGUGAGAUUCAAGACGAUGUUCCCACACUGAUGAGCGGUGCUGGACAUGAUGCAAUGGCCAUGUCGCAUUUGACAAAGGUCGGCAUGCUGUUUGUCCGCUGCCGCGGAGGCAUUAGUCACUCUCCUGCAGAACAUGUGUUGGACGAUGAUGUGUGGGCUGCUGGCCUGGCAAUCAUGACAUUUCUUGAGUCUCACAUGUAAAUAGAAAUAUUCAGUGACAUUCUUGUACAGAAAAUUAGUGUCUGAUUUUUAAUAAAAUGUGUACAUCUCCAUCAUUAGUUCAAUAGCUUAGUUCAUCUGCAGCACAUGGUGCACUAGGUAAGUGAUGUUGAACUUCAUUGAUGAUUCUUGGCAGUCAAUAAGCUAUAAUGUAUUGUAAAUAAGUUGUAUCUCUAUGUUGAUGAAUAAAUAUGUAAUCCAAAUUAGAGCAAUGAAAAUCAAGUGUUGGUCUC